CAAAGGAUUUUCAUGGCGCAGGCCGCAGAGCCGAGCACGAAGACCGAAGGUUGCCUCCCGGCUUUUACAAUCUCUAACUGUCUAGGUCCCGACCAUGAGAGAUUGUGUUGAGAAUGCGGCUGUUCCCUGGUUCACUGUGGAAGCCAUCUCCAAAUUAGCUAUCACAUAUGGAAACUGGAGACCAGAAUUUUAGGAAAAGAGAUUAAGGCAUCUCACUUGGGGGGGUGGGGGGUGUCUUUUUAUUUUUUUCUUUUUUUAAAAAAAAAUACUGCAACUGGAACAGUUUCUGAUCUCAAAAGGCAAGCCUCUCUUCCCGUGUGAUCUUUAUAAUUUACACUCUUUUCCGUGAGCUUUCUUACCUCCCUGUUUUUAUAUCUCUCCAUAGUCUCUAUUCACACAUAUAUCCAUUAUAUUAGUAGUGAAAUUAUUUUUAUUUAUUUAAUUUUUUUUUUUGCUUUAGUACUUGUACUCUCACACACACUCUCCCGAGAACCAGAAGUCGGUUGGGUGUUUAUAUAAUGAAGAAUUAUGGGGCUGUUUGAUCGAGGUGUUCAAAUGCUUUUAACCACCGUUGGUGCUUUCGCUGCCUUCAGUCUGAUGACCAUAGCUGUGGGAACCGACUAUUGGCUCUACUCCAGAGGGGUUUGCAAGACCAAAAGUGUCAGUGAGAAUGAAACCAGCAAAAAGAACGAGGAAGUUAUGACCCAUUCUGGAUUAUGGAGAACCUGCUGCCUAGAAGGGAACUUCAAAGGUCUCUGCAAGCAAAUCGAUCACUUCCCAGAGGAUGCAGAUUACGAAGCUGACACAGCAGAAUAUUUCCUUCGGGCUGUGAGGGCCUCGAGCAUUUUCCCGAUCCUGAGUGUGAUUCUGCUCUUCAUGGGUGGGCUCUGCAUUGCAGCCAGCGAGUUCUACAAGACUCGACACAACAUCAUCCUGAGUGCUGGCAUCUUCUUCGUGUCUGCAGGUCUAAGUAACAUCAUUGGCAUCAUAGUGUACAUAUCCGCCAAUGCCGGGGACCCCUCCAAGAGCGACUCCAAAAAGAAUAGUUACUCGUACGGCUGGUCCUUCUACUUCGGGGCCCUGUCCUUCAUCAUCGCCGAGAUGGUCGGGGUGCUGGCCGUGCACAUGUUCAUCGACCGGCACAAACAGCUGCGGGCCACGGCCCGCGCCACGGACUACCUCCAGGCCUCCGCCAUCACCCGCAUCCCCAGCUACCGCUACCGCUACCAGCGCCGCAGCCGCUCCAGCUCCCGCUCCACCGAGCCCUCACACUCCAGGGACGCCUCCCCCGUGGGCAUCAAGGGCUUCAACACCCUGCCGUCCACGGAGAUCUCCAUGUACACCCUCAGCAGGGACCCCCUGAAGGCCGCCACCACGCCCACCGCCACCUACAACUCCGACAGGGAUAACAGCUUCCUCCAAGUCCACAACUGUAUCCAGAAGGAGAACAAAGACUCUCUCCACUCCAACACAGCCAACCGCCGGACCACCCCCGUAUGAAGCCCGCGGGGGGCCUGGAGCGCGCCUGCAGGAGGGGCGCGUGGCCCUCCCCUCUCGCGUGGGCCCCCCAAGGUUGGGCGGGGGGCAGGGGUAGGGGGUCGGGAACCCAACCAUCCAUUGGGGGGGGAACCUUCCAAAAGCAAAAAAAACAAAAAAACAAAAAAAGAGAAAAACAUAACAAGUAAAUUAAAAAAA